AUGGCCACAACAACUACUUCAACUUCCACCACCCUCCGUACCCGCAAGUCUUUUGGUCGCGCCCUGCGCAGGCCUGUCGCCCCCUCCGCUUCUACACCCAAUCUCAACGCCGCAUUUACCGCUCAUUCCAGGCUGUCGGCUGCCUUGUCGCGUAAGACGUCGCUUGCCGCUCUCACAUCCAGCACCCUCGCCAGUAUUCCCGAUGUCAGCGAAACUUACGCGAUAGACUCUGUCCUUGCCGUUUCCAACAUGAUCCCCGCCACCCCCGGCAGGCCUGCCGCCCCUGACGAUGUCGUCGUCGGCGACAGCGUCGAGGUUCCUGGCGGCCUUAAGGGCACCGUUCGCUUCGUCGGUUCCGUCCAAGGGAAAAAGGGCCAAUUCGUCGGCAUCGAGCUAAACCGCGAGUUUGCCGCCCGAGGUAAAAACAAUGGCGAUGUCGAUGGCAUCUCCUACUUCAACACCAGUGUGCCAGGCUCUGGCAUCUUCGUUCCUGUCACAAAAGCUAUCCGUCGCGAGUCACCUAGCCAUGCAGCCUAUCCAGCGACGCCAACCCCGGCUGCUAAUCGAAGAGCUCCUGGCCAAAGCUCGGGGUAUACACCGCCAAUGCCGGCCUUGCCUAAACUGAGCGCCUCAAUUGGGCCAGGUGCCAGAGCGGCCAGCCCGCAGCUCAAGCAGCGCCCUCGAAUGUCCCUUCCGCGUCCCGAAUCGCCCCUCCGUCGAACUCAAAUGACUCCGGGACCACGACCCUCUAUACCGUCGCCGUCUAAAGCCGCAAGACAAGCCAGCCCGGUCAAUCGGUUUGCUCAGAGUGUCAGGGGUACUGCCGGCGAUCCAAACAAAAAAUUCGGCCGGCUCGAUCAGAGCCUAAACCUGGGCCAGCGCAGCACUUCUGCUAUGGGUGGGGGCGGCGUCAUGGAUUUUGACGAUGAUCCCGCGCCUCUACCACAAAAGCCUGCGAGACAGCCCGCACUUUCCACCUCGGCCUCGGCCUUUAAUCUGCGACGACCGGGUUCACGCGCAAACAAUGCCAACGAAGAGGAGAUUGAGCGUCUAAAAGCUCAGCUGGAAGAUCGGGACAAUCAGUUGAAAGAUCAAGCUAGUACCCUUGCUGAAAUGGAGAGCAGCUUGGUUGAGCUGCAGUCCCUAAUCGAUCAAUCAGACGGUCCCAGGCACGCGAGGAAUAGUAUGGACGACAAAGAUUCUGCACAGCUGCGCCUUAUGCUGCGCGAAAAGACGGAAAAGAUUGCUAUGCUCACGGCAGAGUUCGAUUCUCACCGCGCCGAUUUUCGAAGCACAAUUGAUACUUUGGAACUUGCCAGCACAGAGACGGAGCGUGUGUAUGAAAAGCGCAUGGAGGAGCUUAUGGCCGACAUCCGAGAGCUCGAGUCAAGGAACGUCGAUGUUGAUUCUGUUGCCAAUCAACUUAAGCAACUAGAAGAACUAGUACAAGAAUUGGAGGAGGGACUCGAAGAUGCGCGCCGUGGAGAAGCCGAAGCCAGAGGCGAGGCUGAGUUUUUACGAGGAGAAGUUGAGAGGACCAGAUCCGAACUGCGUCGCCAACGGAGCAAAUCCGGCUCGCCAGAUGGGCAGACUGUUAGCGGCGGCGAUUUUGCCAUGACGAAAGAGCUGGAACAAAAGGAGGAUGAGAUUCGCGGUCUCAAGGCUAUCAUCCAUUCGCUCAGCCGCGAUUCAGUUCCUGGCCAAGAUGAGCACAAUUCAACGCUGCGCGAUUCGUUCAAUGUCCAGGCCACUUCUACAACCAAUGGAGCGGGUCACGAUCAUUUGGAGCGUCGCGUUGCAGAACUACAGGCGCUCCUUGACAAGAAGGAUAGCAGGCAAGAGGAGCUGGAGCAAGAAAUCGAGCAUCUACGCCGCGAUCUUCUCUAA